GUGAUGUUCUGCAGGCUUCGGACACAUCAGUGGUGUUUUAUUAUAUUCAACAUCAUACUUUUCCAUGCUUUGCUGUUUGGAGGAGAUUUGCUGGAGGAAUACUUUCUACAUUCGCUACCGGUCACCUACACGGACAUGAAAAUUCUCAAAAUCAGGGAGAAGGCCAGGAAAUUAGACAUGGAUCCCCUAAAGACCAAUAUAUCCAAAUCUUACAUCAUCAGCAGUUCAGAGGUGUGCUCAGAUCAAGAGGUAUUUCUGCUUGUUAUUGUGUACAGCAGCCCAGAAAACAGCACAAGGCGCAACCUGAUCAGACGAACAUGGGGUAAUGUGACAGGCAUCAGGGGGUACACUGUGCUUGUUUUGUUUGCUUUAGGAAAGGCAGCUUCAGAAGCCAUCCAGUUAGACAUCAGUGAAGAGUCUCAAAAGCAUGGAGACAUCAUUGAAGGAAACUUCCUUGAUUCUUUUGAGAAUCAGACACUGAAGACUGUGAUGAGCAUGGAGUGGACUGUAACAUUCUGUUCCACCGCAAGGUUUAUUCUCAAAACCAAUGAAGAAAUGUUUGUCAACAUUCCAAGUUUGGCUGAAUACUUGCUUAACUUAAGAACACAUCUCGAGGAUAUUUAUAUUGGAAAGGUCAUUCAUCACAAUAUGCCUGACAGAGACCCUCAAAGCCAGAGCUUUGUUUCUCUCAGUCAAUACCAAGAAGAGUAUUACCCAGAUUAUUGUAGUGGAACGGCUUUUGUCAUUUCCCAGGAUGUUGCUCGGAAGAUAUACAUUGUUGCCAAGGAAACACCAGUUUUGGUUCCUCCCGACGUCUUUGUUGGAAUCUGUGCUAAGAACGCUGGCAUCAUACCCAUUCAAAGUUCUAGAUUUUCUGGGAAAAAGCACAUUAGAUACAAUCGAUGUUGCUACAAAUUCAUUUUCACCUCUUCCGAAAUGAAAGAUGAGCUAUUUAAAGAAUGGAGGGAGAUAAGUGAUGGAAAAGACUGCACUUUACUGGAAACUUAUUAUGGGCUGGUGUCCUGCAGAGUCUUGAGCUACUUUGACAAGUUUAAACAUUUUAACAUGGAAACAAUAAAAAGUGAGGCUUUGCAUUUUACCACCUAAGAUUUAAUUUCUGUAUGUGAAGAAACUCUGUACUUACACCUUUAACUGUAAUUUUUCCUGUUAGAAAGUUCAUCUUAUCUUUCACCUUUUGCUUUGAACAUUUCCACUCAACCUUAGUUUUUAAAUGUGAACGUUCCCCCCCACCCUGUUCUUACAGUGAAUUAUUCCUGAUGCUAAAAAAGGAUGUGUUUUAAUUCAGUAAUUUAAUUUAUGAUGCGUG